AUGCCGCCGCGGCCAGCGGCCGGCCGCGCGGCUAUGGCGGCUGAAGAAGAUCGACCGCCGCUCGCUCUGUUUACCGCCGUCUACGACUACACGGCCCAGGGGGAGGACGAGCUGUCCUUGCACCGUGGUGAAAUCGUCGAGGUCCUGUCCAAAGAUGCCAACAUUUCAGGAGAUGAAGGCUGGUGGACAGGCAAAAUCGGUGACCGCGUUGGCAUCUUCCCCGCGGUGUACGUUACCGAGGAUGACCCUCUCGCUGUCACGUCGGUGAUUGGUGAUGUGGACCCACCCCGCGUGUCGUUCUCAGAGCUGAAACUCGAGGAAGUGAUAGGGGUGGGUGGCUUCGGUAAAGUGUAUCGCGGGUACUGGAAUGACGAGGUGGUGGCAGUGAAAGCGGCGCGUCAGGACGCAAACGAAGAUAUUGAAGUGAUUAAAGAUAGUGUGCUGCAAGAAGCGAAACUUUUUUGGAUGUUGCAGCACGAUAAUAUAGUGUCUUUGAAGGGUGUGUGUUUAGAGGAGCCCAAUUUGUGUUUGGUGAUGGAAUAUGCGCGUGGGGGCCCUCUAAAUAGAGUAUUGUCAGGGCGGAAGAUCCGGCCAGGGAUCUUAGUAGACUGGGCUAUACAAGUGGCGCGCGGCAUGGCAUACCUGCAUGUUGAUGCACCUAUUUCUCUUAUCCAUCGAGACUUGAAGAGCUCUAAUGUUUUGCUCAGCGAAACAAUCCUAUCAGAUGAUAAUCUAGAAGAUAAGACCCUCAAAAUAACAGAUUUCGGUCUAGCCCGAGAAGUAUACAAGACCACGAGGAUGUCGGCGGCCGGGACGUACGCCUGGAUGCCACCUGAGGUAAUUAAAAAUUCGACAUUCUCACACGCGUCAGAUGUGUGGUCCUAUGGUGUUCUGCUAUGGGAACUUCUGACCGGCGAGACGCCGUACAAAGGGAUAGACGCGUUGGCCGUAGCGUAUGGUGUCGCUGUGAACAAGCUCACGCUGCCCAUACCCAGCACUUGUCCCGAGUCUUGGAGAGUUCUCAUGGAAGCGUGCUGGCGUUCCAAUCCCCGCGAACGUCCACAUUUCCGCGACAUACUAGAGAAGUUAGAGCGUAUCAGACAAUCUGAGUUCACUCGAGCGCCCCAUGAAUCGUUUCAUACGAUGCAAGACGGGUGGAGGCUCGAAAUUGAAGAGGUUUUACGAGAUCUCAGAAGAAAAGAGAAGGAAUGCAAAACUAUAGAAGAGGAGUUACGAUGCCGCGAAGAAGAAUUAACAAGAGCUCAAUUACAACAGAGAUUAGUGGAAGAGAACCUAGCGCAAAAGGAGAGGGAGUUAGAGAUGAGGGAGAUAGACUUGGCGGCGAGAGAGUUACAUAUAUUGAUCUUUGCGAGCAACAUGUCUCACAGUCAACCGCCACAGCCUAAUAAAAGAAAAGGCAAAUUCAGCAAGAUAAAGUUGCUCAAGAAGGACACGAUCUCCUCCCCGCUGGACUUCCGGCACACGCUGACGGUGCGCACGUCGGAGGACGAGUGCAGCGUGAAGCAGCUGGUGGCCGUCGCCAAAGACACGCCGCCGGGCUCGCCCGCCAUCAUGCGGGCAAUCGCGCUGCCAGCAGACGGUGUGAAAGGCAAGACGUGGGGCCCCUCCACCGGGCACCAGCGCGCGCGCGCGCACCUGCCGCUGCCGGCGCUGCGCCCGCGCGCGCACCGCCCCUCCACCUCCGCGCCGCACCUGCCGCACGCGCGCCCCGCGCACCCAGGGGUGUCACUAAACGCAAGCGACGAACCGAAACGUAAACCGCGCAAAUCGAAAUCCCAAGUCCGAACGCCGAAAUCCGAAAUCGCGAAAAAGCGAAGUGGCAGCCAUGACGACCUCCUCGACGCGACCGAGCCCCGGCGCAACCGAUUCCUGCUCUGCCCCAUGUUCAGUUCGGAUAACCCCCAACACCCUCAAGACCCCCAGAAACAGACCCACCACUACGAUACGGUGUUCGAUUCACCCCCCGGAUCUAAAACGGAUGUUAAGAGGAAUUUUCUCAAAAGUAUCCGAUCGAACAGUCUUGCGGGCUUGUUGGCUGUCGCUGGUGGUCUCUCGUCAGACACAACGCAGUUGCUCAGGGAUGAC